AUGCCGGCUGAUAUCGGUGCCUCGUUAUCGCGGGCUCGUUGAUUCACGCUCGUUUCUCGUUGAUACGGUGUCGCGACACCUCGGGAGAGCCUCCUCGCGUUUUUUUCCUCCGUGCGCCGAAAAGAAGAGGCCCUCGUAAUGGGAGUCAGGAACGCGCUCCUCUACCUGGCCGUGGGAUUCCUCAUCCUGGGGAUUUUCACGGAGGAGGCAGAGGCUCGGCGAAAGAUUCUACGCGGUAGGAAAACCAUUACCAGACGUUACUACGGAGGCACCGCGAUCCCGGCCUGGUCCGUCGUACUUUUGUCGGGCAUCGGGAUGCUGGCCCUCGGCGGAGGACUCUACCUUCUCCUGAAGAAGUUGGUCCUCGACGGCGCGGAUCUGGGCGAGCAGCACUCGUACCAGCCAGCGGGGAUGCACGACGAGGUUUGACGUGUGCGAGAGGCGCGAGAUCCACCCCUCGGGGAACUCCGAGUGGAAAUAAAAUUCGUCCUUGUGU